GAGGAAGGCUGCCUUGCGCCGAGCGGCUUUGCAGGCUAAAUAUAGGGCUGGCGCCUCUGGCAGCGCCGGGGCCCGAACUUGCAGGAGCGCUGCUGUCUCCAGGCACUCCGAGAAGGCUGUAAAACCCUGUGCCUCUUAAAAGGCUCGACGGGAGAGGACUGGGAAUCAUUCUUAAGCAUGUUUGGGGAUCAAGUGGUGCGAUGGCCAAGUGAACCCACCACAUGUAUUUAUAAACAUCUAACAGUAACGCUUUUGACAGCCUGAGGGUGACUCGCGUAACUGUGUAGUCGUUUUGUUCCUGCUCUCAGAUGUUGCUGGACCAGGGCUAAUCGUGUUGCCAAGUGGAGUGCUAUUUUAGAGCAAUUCGUUCGUGAUGAUGGAAGACUUCAGAAAUAUUGCCGACGAGACAUUUCCAAGCUUCUUGGGCCAUUCCUUAAGCGGCAGUGCAAGCGUCGUCUUUGGAAACGUUACUGUUUCCUCAAACCCUGGCUUACCUGUUGCAGCUUCAACUGUCGCCAGGAGUAAAACAAGCUGUGACAACAGGCUUUCUGACGUCUGUGCAUCCUAUUUAGAAGGGAAACAGUCAUUUCCAUUAGGAUCUUCUCACUGUAGUCAGUCUGAGCCAAUGGGGAGAUUUGCCCUCAACUUUCUUGAUGACGUGGAAGCUGCUGCAGAAGAUAAACAACCUCAGCCAGCUUCUGUUGGCUUGAAAGACUCCCACUCAAUAUGUGCAAAGCCAGAUCAGAGUGUCACCGAGCAGGCAAAUCGCAGUCAAGAUACCUUACUUGAGGUAUUGCCACUUGAACGAUUGGAAGAUUUGUCAACAGGAAUAUGUUUUCUUCCAGACCCUGAGAAUAACAAGGUUGGGCCACCUGAAGCUUCUGAAAAACUGACAGAAAGUGAAAUCUCAAGUGAUCAUCUUAGCAGUAGCCUUUCAAGUUUUCUGGAGAAUGAGAAGCUCUCGUGUUUUACAAGCUCAGAAGAAGAUUCUGCUGAUGGUGAUAUUGAUGAUGAAGAGUUCUUUGAUAACCAGCUAGAAGCCUAUUUUCAACAGCUGAUGCAACCAGAACUGAGAAAAGGAGACUCUGAUAUGCAGAAACUCUCAGAGUGCUGCACAGCACCAAAGCUUUCUGAGAAUGGCUUGCUUCAGAAGGAGAGCUUUCAGGUUCCUGACAUGUACCAGGCUGUGACAGGAGUGGACUCGGGAAAUGCUAGCGAUGAAGAUUCACAAAAUGAGGGGCUAACUGGAUGUUCUGUGCAACAAGGAACACUGCCUAGAGCAGAACAACAGCUGGGUUCCGUGACUGCUGGAGGAGUGCUGGAUUCCCCGUCUGCUGCAGAGUUACAGUUACACACACCCCAUCUUCAGGCCAUGGACAGCCAUAACGCUGAUGCCCUAGAUGUCCUUCCUCAGAAAGAAAUACAGCCUCAGGCUGCUGCUUCUGAGGCAGACAGCAAGAUGCAGACAGCAGGAGGAUCUCUGGAGCACUACAGCACUCCCGAAGUUCUUCGCUCAAAUGCACCUCAGACAGAAAGACCAGAGUGUGAAGUCCGUCUUCCUGAUACUUACCUGUCUCCAACUCUGAACAGCUGUGAGAACACAGUAUUAGGUACAACAGACAAAGGUGGCUUACCACACAGUGUUGUCUAUCAAAAUGAAGAGGGCAAAUGGGUGACUGACCUUGCAUAUUAUACUUCCUUUGAUGAAGAACAAGAUUUCAAUCUGUCUGAAGACAAUAAAAUAAAUGAGGAGUUCAUCACUGGAUCUGAAGCAGCAGCUCUGAUUGCACAAGACCAGGAAGAAUUUGAGAGAGCUCACAAACUCGUGCAGGCCAAAGUAGAUGUUCUGAAUGCACCUGAAUUAGCAGAUACUUCGUGGAGAUCUGCUAAUAGCUGCGUUCUGCUGAGAACAUCUGAUCUUGAUAAGGAUGCCAGUUAUUUACGGUUGUCUCUGGGGGAGUUCUUUGGGCAGAGAUCUGAAGCUCUUGGUUGUCUUGGUGGAGGCAGUGAUGUAAAACGGCCAUCAUUUGGUUACUACAUUACAUCUCCAGAGAAGAGGCAGCCUGUUGCUUUGCUAACACCAGCUGAUUCAUCAAGAGGUGACACUGGCCAAGACGCUUCACAACUGUCUGAGUUGUUUCCAGAUGACCUAAAAGCACAAACAAAAGAACAUGCCAGUUCUGCCAGCUGUGAAGGUGUGUGGCAGAAGAUGGACACUGCAGCUGGAAUACAUGAAAGCAUUAAUACAGAAGCAGCUACCAAAAGUAAAGCUAAUGAUGGAAUCUGCAAAGGCAAGUUUGAGACCGGGCCAUUGAAUCGUUCUGACUCUGUCCUGAGUAUCAGCAUGAUUGCAUCUGCUAUUGCCAAUGCGUCCUGCAGUGCUGACCCAUCCCAGCUAGCUGCUAUGAUGAUGACACUGUCUAAUAAGAAUAAAAGGACAUGUCUCCCUCCUGGAACUGCUGAAGAGACAGAACGUGCUGCUAAUCAGGUGGUGUCCAGCAAUGUGGAAAACAGUGCGUUUGAUGUGGAAAAAUACCUCCAAAAAUCAGAUGAGAUGGGACACGAAAGUGAAUAUGAGAGCACUGUCAAGCAUGAAGCAUCUGUCCAGAACCUUGUGCCUGAUUGCUUUUUACUGGGUGAAGGUAAAAGUAAGGAUAGCCUUGCAGAGGAUUUGAUGAAUAGUCAUAGCAAGCAGCAAGGAACAGAGAAGCGGUGUGAGGACACUCAGAAUUUCUCUAGUCUGUAUGGCACUCCCAACAGCAGAAGUAUAACUACAACGAGUGUUAAGUACUCGGAAAAGGCAUCAGAUGUGGUGAAUAAUAAACGUUUUCAAGCAGUGAAUGCUGAUCUUGCAUCAGGUAGGCUUGAUACCCAAGCCUUACCUCCUGGAAGGGGAGCACAGACAUGUGGCAUUUCUUCAGCAGCAAAAACGGAAGCGUCACGGAGAAGUCAGCUUGCUUACCAGAACAACAACCUCACUAGCAGAUGUAUUGGGGAAGACUUAGGAACAGUAGAUCAAGCAGCAAAUGCUGCUACUGAACCAUGUAAUGAUUUGGGGGAGCAAAGAACAGGAAACAUUCUGUCACUUGGCAACUUAAGACCUGCCAAGCAAUGUGUCUCAGUAAGUCCUACAACAGCAAAUCCUACGCAGAGAUGGAGUGAUGAUAAAAACCAAAAUGCAAAGUUGGAGAUCAGCAACAGAGAUGCCAGGGCUGCUUGUGGUGGGAAGGCAAAACAUGUAACUUUUGAGAAGCUCUCCCCAACUUCUGAGAAGAGUAGUGAGCCCAAAGCCGAACAUGACUUGCAGCCUUUGGAAGAGGAGCAGUACAGCUUCAGACCUUCAACUUCACCACUCAUUCACUCUUCUCCUAGUGAGGCUUCUGGAUCAGCAGUCUCAGGGUCUGAAGCUGACUUCACUUUUGUGCCACGUUAUCAGGAAUCUUCCUGCAAAGAGAGUGUACUACCCCAGUCAGUUUACUCGAGUCCUACCAUGAGCAGGUUGACCUAUAUUUCUGCAUCUGACAGUACCCUCAAGGACUCAGCUGUAGCAGAUAACCCAGACACAUACUGGAAUGACAGUGCUUCUGAGCUCAGCACAACAAUUGUUCGAGCCAGCCCAACUCCUUCACAGGAACAUGUAGCUGAAAAUCUGGAACUCUCCUGUCAAAGGAGUAGAAAAGAAGCACUGCCUACUGUUGACUGGAAAUCAAAGGAGCACCAACUUGCAGGGCUUCAAGGAAAGCUUGAUCUACUGGAUCAAGAGCCAUCCAAAGAAGGUUUUCCAGAGAAUGGAAAGUAUUUUGCAUCUACUUGUGCAACUGUAGCAGCAAACCAUAAAGAGCCAGACCAGCCCAAAUCAGCUGUAUUGGGUCAGGGCUGUGUCUUUCAGCCACGUUCUGUUAACGCUGCCAGCCAAGAAGCAUGGCAGGAUCAAGCAAGCAAAGCACAAAGACCAGGACUGUCAUCCUUGAAUGUAUUACCCAUAUAUCCUGGGUUAAGCACCUACAUGCCAUUCAAGCAGAACUCAGCUAGUGAACAACAUGUUCCUCUUCCAAGCUUUAAAUCCCAUGUCACUGCCUCGGAGAGUCAGACAAUUCCUCCUCCUGUUCCCACACUGCUUACAGGAUGUUCUCUUGCAAUGACUCCAUUUGCACAGCAGCACCUGGGAAGUACACUAGCUACUGGCAGUACACUUCUGUCUCAGUGUCAUGGAUCAGCAGGUUUUGGUCUUCCAGCAGGACUUCCUUGUUCGGGUAUCCCAGCAGGGCACGUUGAGAAUCCCUUGAUGGCAGGAAUUCCUUUGUGUCCCAGUCUUGGUCCCAGCUCUCUGGGUGCACCUUUGCUUUGCAAUCCACACUCUACUUCCAGGAACAAGAAUAUCUUAAACAUAAAUUCAUGUCCUGUACAGCCUCUUGGAAGUAGCAGAAGUGAGUGGGAGUUGUCAAGCUCACCUGGUAUCGGACAUGUAAAAGUACCAGAAGAAUUGAAGUUCCCUAAUGCCUGCUGUGUGGGAAUUGCAUCGCAGACGGUUCUUAGCAUUUUUAAUCCAACUAAGCAGUGGCUGCAGGUCAGCAUUGGAAUACUCAGUGUUUCACUUAAUGGGGAAAAGAUGGAUCCUGAGAAGUAUCAAUGCCUGGUUUUCAAGAACAAAGCCAUUGUAGGACCCUAUUCUACCCAUGAUGUGAAAAUACUUUUCUUGCCCUGUCAUCCAGGGAUCUUUCAGUGUAUCCUCAAUGUUUCCUCCUGGCCAGUUUCUGCAGAUGCCAAGACAAUCAUUCAGGCAGAAGCUUUGGCCAGUAGGGUAGUUCUGACAGCAGUUGCUGAAACCCCUGAUUUAGAAGUGGAAACAGGCCAAAAAGGAAUUCUGGAUUUUGGUGAUUUGACUUUUGGCAGCUGGAAGGCUCUUCCACUAAAACUGGUGAACAAAACCCAUGCUUUUGUGCCUCUUCGACUCAUCAUUAAUGCAAAUGCAGUAGCUUGGAGUUGCUUCACAUUUUCCAAGGAGCCAGUCUCAGCUUCCAAUGAGCAAUCACUCCAGACAGAUGCCAUUUCUCAGACAGCAGCUCCAUCAGUUGUAAAUCAUGUGAUACAUGCAAGCUAUGAUGGGCAAGAUCCUGAAGCUUUAACAGUUUGGGUUCUAUUCCAUGCACCUAAGAAACAAAUUUCUUGUUCAGGUUCCUUGGGUCCAGCAGAUGUGUUCUUGGCAAGUGUUGAUGUGGAGCUGGACAGUCCUGGACCCAGCAGCGUGCUUAAAAGUGUCCCUCUCCGAGCAAGAGCUGGGACAGCCAAGAUACAUGCUCCAAGAACCCUACAGGCAAUGUGUCUGUCUGCCAGGGUGGGUUCUACAGCCAAGCAGCGGCUGCCCUUGAAAAAUGCUGGAAACAUUGGUGUACAUUUGAAAAUCAAGAUAUCAGAUGGGGACAGCUGCUUUGGGGUUCUACCUGAGGGUCUUUUCCUUCUUCCUGGAGAAGAGCAAGAAGUGGUUGUCCUUUUUGUUCCCAAUGAUGUCAGGACUAUAGAAAGUUCUUUGACAGUCCUUGUGCUGCCCUCCGGACCUCAGUACGAAGUGGUGCUGAAAGGUGAGGUGGUGUCUGAGAGAAACAGACCUGUUCCUACAGCUGUUGGUGACUGCUCAAACAUCCCACCCAUUCUCUCCAACAAGCAGUUCGUUGCCUGGGGAGGAGUACCCCUUGGAACAUCAGUCCAGCAGAAGUUAGCUUUAAGAAAUGACUCUCCAACUGUGACCCAGCAUUUAAGGCUCUUGAUAAGAGGCCAGGAUCAAGACUGCUUUCAGCUGAAAAGUAUAUUUGGAUCAGAAGAGCGCUCAACUAUUAACUGGGAACUCAAAAUUCGUCCCAAAGAAGAUGCUGACAUAUAUUUGAUGUUCACACCUACUCGAACAACUUGCUGCUUUGCCAAGCUGGAAAUCAAACAGCUGGGGAUCCGAUCUCAGCCAGGAAUUAAGUUCACUAUACCACUCUCUGGAUACGGAGGAACAAGCAAUGUAACUUUAGAAAACAUCAAGAAAUUCCCUGAUAACUACGUGCUAGACCUGAAUGAAUCAUUGCCUUCCAAAAUAAAGAAGGCUUCCUUGCAUGUGAGAAACACAGGUUCUCGGGCUGCCUAUGUUAGAGCAGUGUGCUUUGAAAACCUAGGGGCAGGAGGAAUUAUGGAUCCUCAGGUGUUGAAUGUAUCUCCAGACAAGUUUGUAGUAAGAGAAGGAACACAUGAAGUAGUUACUGUAACAUGGAAUCCAGUGGAAGAGGGCUCCCAAAGAUUAUUGUUGGCAGCAGUGUGUUUUUUCUGGGGAGAUGAAGUUUCUAGGCAGCAGUACUGUAGAUAUAGGAAUUGUGAAUCUGAAGUAGAAAAGCACAUCAUUGCAGAACAGAGCCUAUUAAGAGAUGUUGUAUUUGAUGAAGAAUUUCAGGGGGAGCAGCUUGUGACAGAAGUGUGUGAUAUCCCACGGAAGACAAACCAUGUGCACCUCUUCUACGGGAGCAUGCGAAGGAGCGUGCUUUGUGUCUUGGGGUAUUGCAUGUCUGAUCUGGAUGUACUUCAGCAGGCUUUUGAGUGUUCCUUGGAUCUGGACAGUGUUGAGGAUGCUGUCAGACGUAUCAAUGCAAGUUUGGAUGUUCUUCCUGUUAAAGGACCUCAGGUUCCUCCACUCCCUGUGAAAACUGAUGAACUGGUUCAGAAUAAAUUGGACACUCGAGAGCCUUGGACUGUUGAACCUGAGUGCUUGACUUUGGCAUCUCCUUCUAUUAGUGGAGCAACAGAUACUGGACAUGUACAAAUUGUCAACAACUCUAAGAGGACAUUGCCAUUUGAGCUUACGUGGCCAGUUCGCUGUCUUACUGUAACCCCACAGCAUGGAGUUGUUGAUCCAGAGAGCAGUACACAAAUUCUGGUCAGUCCUAAUCCAUCACUUGCCACAAAGCCUUCAUUAAUUCCUUGGAGCGGCUUAAUUUACAUCCACUGUGAUAAUGAACAAAAGUCUAUCAGAGUGCAGAUCCAUGAGGCAGUUGCCGGGAGUGUGCCUGGAACAGACCCUCCCCCUCUAAGCUGCGCUGGACUCGCUCCACAGUCUGCCGGCCCUGCCGCUUGUGUGGUGAAGCCUCGCUCGGUGCUCCCGCUGACAAAAGUAGAGAUCAAGAACAGGACUGUUUCGUUUCCCAGGACGAGACCUGGCCUCAGCUCAGGGAGCUACCUGGAAAUGCAGAAUGGAGGGGAUGAAGAUGUGAGGUGGCGUUUGUCAUUGGUUACACCACCCUAUGUUAAAGAUGUGGACAGAACUGGUUGUGUUCGUAAAGCUGCUUGCCCUGUUUUCAGGUGUUCCCGUGUUUCUGGUACUCUUGAAGCUCAUGGGGAGGAGAAGGUUGCUGCAAUCUUUUUACCUAGAGAUGAAGGGGAUUACUUACAGUUCUGGGACCUGGAGUGCCACCCAGUUGAAAAAUCUAGCUGCAGAGACACAAUAAGAUUUCUUUUUACUGGAACAGGUUCUGAAAAAGAAAUUGAAACUUCAACUGGGAGAGCUUCUGCAAGUGCCCUCACAAAAAGUGAGCUUCCAGUUGCAGCAGAAAGGAAGCUGUGCUCUGAAGCUCGUCGAAAGGAACCUGGACAAAGUGAGAUAAUUCGAGGAGUCUAUGCACCAGAAAACGUCUACACUUUUCCUCCCACAAGAGUUGGGGAAUCAUGCACCUUAAAGGUCAACUUGAGGAAUAACUCCUUUACAACACACCAGCUGAAAUUUAUACAUCCCAGAGAGCCUUUCUACAUCAAGCACUCAAAAUACUCUCUAAGAUCCCAUCAUUACAUCAAUGUGCCAGUCCAGUUCAAGCCCAAAGAAGAAGGAGAAUUUACAGGUCUCUUAAUUGUGCUGUCGACCAAGUGUGGCUCCCUUAGCAUUCGGCUGUACGGUAGCGCUGUUGCAACCUCUUUGGAGUAGUUUGCAAUCAUUUCUAGCAGUUUAUUCCUUGGAAAAGAUUUGAACUACAUUUCUGUCCUGAUGCCCUGGUUGUUUUGCCCUGUGCUGCUGCUUUGAUGGAAGGUCUUCUGUAAGAUGAAUGAUGGCAUUUGUUUUACAGAUCUGUAUUCCUAGCAAGAACAGUGAGAAAUGAAAUUGUAUGUUUUAAAGUUGCCAUGUCCUAACUUAUGUUUCUGCACUUUUGUUGAAAUGGGAAGUUUCCUAUUUCUGCAUUUCUUAGGACUAGCUCCCUGCUGAUAUAUUUUAUUUUAAGCAUUGUAAAUCCAGAAAUAAAAUCUAUGUGUUAACAGUUGAUGAGAUGUAGGUAGGACAUCGAGCUGCCUGCUCCUGGACAAGGCCAGUUUGCAGAAGGGCACUUUGGAGAGCAGGGGGAGAGAUUAGAGUACACAGAAGCUGAUUUGUUUCCGUCUGCUGAAGCUGGGACCAGAUCAACCUCCAACUUUUCACACAGGUCAGUGUUCAGCACAAACAUUGUUUUUUAACUCUAGCAAUAUGAAAAUAGUGUAAAUGAGCAGUACUGCCCUCAGUGAUUUGUCUGACCCCCUCUUCUGUCUCUAACAGCAGUGAGAUGUUGUUGGUUUGAGAGAUGACAUAAGCCUGACUGCUGCUUUUGGUUCCUUUCCCUUGCAUUUCAUUGGCAGCUGCAGGCAGUGCAUUUAAGGAUGGGAGGUAGAUUCCUAUCUAUCCUUUCAUGGAUUGUUUUUUGUACUUAUCUCUCCACCUUUUGGAAUCCAUUUGGCACUGUUUCCAUAACUUCAUGUGGCAGCAGACUCUGAGUUCCCUGUGUACAUGUAUUAAAAGUUAUCUUUUGUGCGAAA